AUGUCUCUUUGUCCACCUUUCGCCCCAUUCUUUGGGCUAGCUGGCGUAGCGUCGGCGAUGGUAUUCAGCACCGUCGGCGCUGCCCUUGGAACGGCCAAGGCAGGCAUCGGUAUUGCAGGGCUGGGAACCUUUAAACCAGAACUUAUCAUGAAAUCUCUAAUUCCCGUUGUGAUGUCUGGUAUCAUCGCUGUGUACGGUCUGGUGGUGUCAGUGCUUAUUGCUGGGUCGCUAAAACCACACGAUUAUCCGCUCUUCUCUGGGUUCAUCCAUCUCGGUGCCGGCCUUGCUUGUGGAUUCACGGGUAUGGCUGCGGGAUAUGCUAUUGGUUACGUUGGAGACUCCUGCGUGCGGGCUUAUGUGCACGAGUCCAAAGUCUUCGUUUCCAUGGUCCUGAUUUUGAUCUUCGCUGAAGUACUGGGAUUGUACGGAUUGAUUGUUGCCCUAAUCAUGAACACAAAAGCAACAGCGAUUGCAGGUACGCCCCAGAAAGAACAACAUACGCCUUUCGGCACAGCCAAGAACAAGCUUUCCACUAUGACCUCCUUCCGCGAGGAGCAUCUGAAUUCGAACGACUACGACGUCUCGGAACGCGUCUUUUGCGAUCUCGUUCCCUCGACCUUGAUGCGUCAGACUCAGAAUCUGAGGACGAACUGGAGCUAG